CGAAUCAAAACUCAAAGUUUCCAGAACGUUCAUAGAUUAAAAACCACACCAGCAGUUCGAGAAGCACACAAAGAAACUCCCAGUCGAACGGGGCAGACUGUGUUGGAAAGCCAGCGGAGCGUAGGUGAACCACAGCGAGAAAAGACGUCGGGACCCAUAUUUCUGUGCCAUCAGUCAUUUGACGAUUAUUUCAGAUGGCGGUUGAACUAUCUUAGAAAACCAGUUCUGGUAAUGGCUAACGUUGCAUUUUUUAAUGGAAUAUGGUGUUUGGACGUUUCCAAUGCAGCCCUCCGUUACAAAGAUGUCCAUGCUGUAAACUUCCCGACGUUUGCGUAUGACUUCAAGGGUCUUAUCACUUUAAAAAGAACUCUUAUACCAAAUUUACUGACACCAAUGACGCAAAUAAUUUUUAGUUUUGAGUAUGUCUGGACGGCAAAGGGCAUAAAUGUCACACGACGGCUGGAUAUGAUCGAGCGGCAGUGGGCUUACUAUGCAGGUUUUGGUGCAAUAAUGGCCAUUCUGAGCAUGAUUUGGACAGACGUCGUCCUUAAUAGUUUCAUUUUUGGCAUGUCUUUCCCCUUCUUCAUUAUUGAAUCAAGCAAUUAUCUUCCUUUAUUUUUGCUCCCAAAAGUACCACUGCCUUUUCACUUUGUACUUUUUCAUUGCUGA